UGGGCAGGGCUUUAGUAUAAAAGCAUACUCGCUGCCCCCCAUAGUCGUAGUACAAUUCAGUGUAUCACAUCAGAAACAUCAUGAAAUUUCUCGCUGUUUUUGCUUUUGCCGUCUUGGCCGCCGCUUCCGUCGAAGCUGGUCACCACCAAGAACACAUUCAACAGCCACAACCAAUCCCAGCUCUUCAUCCAGAACCCCUUCAUUUAAAGGUUCAUGACCACCCAAACCCAAUCCAUUACAAUGUUCCCCAUGUCCCCCACCCCCACCCAAUCGGACACGAAGUUUAUAUUGAACCCGAAAUCAAGGUCGUCAAGCACAAAUGGUAAAUAAAGCUAUUCUGAGGAGUCAUCUUAUCAACUGGUCAACGGUGGUUCUUGCCGUUUGAAUUACAUCGCAGUUGGAUAAAAGGAAACGAAUGUCGAGUAUGGUAUUUCGGAAAAUCGGCAAAUCAAAUUUUGUAUUAUACCACGUCACACACCCCAAAUCACCCCUCCCCUUUGCUACCUUCUUCAAAAUGCAAUGUUUCUUUCUGUGAGGCAUGUGAUACUGAAGAAGAUAUCAUGACAUCUAAGCUACUGUAUAUUUUUCUGUUCUUUUUCAAAACACUUCACCUCUCCCAUUCCCCCCUGGAACCAUACUUCUAUUUAUAUUCUAAUAAAAGUUAUUAGUCUUGUGAUAAA